UCCAUUUCCACUUCAUUCAUCCAUUGUUCAUUUCGCAGCAACAUAAAACACAAAGACAAAAUAAAGCAGCUAUGACCGCUAGAGAGUUCGAUAUUGUUCUCUAUGGUGCCACUGGAUUUACAGGUCUUCGAACCUGCCAGUACUUGGCUCAAAACUACAAGCAAGGCGUGCGCUGGGCUAUUGCAGGUCGCAGUAUUCCCAAACUGGAAGAAGCCCGCCAAAAGCUCACUGCCAUUGAUCCAGCGCUCCAGAACAUGGUCAUCAUUAAAGCUGAUGCAUCCAAUGUUGAAUCACUAGGGGCUAUGGCCGCCCGCACUAAGGUCGUGAUUAGCACCGUUGGACCCUUUAUGAAACAUGGAGAGCCUUUAGUUGAAGCAUGUGUUAAACAGAAGACACAUUAUGUUGACUCGACUGGCGAAAGCCCUUUCGUUCAUAACAUCAUUCGGAAAUACCAUAAAGAUGCUCGAGAUAACAAGACUAUUCUGGUCCCCCAAUGUGGUUUCGACUCGGUUCCCUCCGAAAUCGGUACAAAGAUGGUUGUAGAUUAUCUUCGCAAGGAAUACAACCUUACCACUAAGUCUGUAAAGCUCUCUUUAGUAAAAGCACGCGGAGCAGCAUCCGGCGGUACGCUAGCUUCCGUCUGUGAGGUAAUAGAGAGUACGAACGAAGGGCUCGGACCUACGAUGGACCAAAACUUGUUAGUACCAGAGGAGGUCGCCUCGAAGAUCACUCCAGCAAAGGUUUCUGCGCCAACAAUCUUUUACGAUCAUGACUUCCAGCAGUGGCAGGCCUAUUUUUUCAUGUCGUCAUCGAACGAAAAAAUAGUUAAGCGCAGCCAUGGACUCGCCCUUGAGGCUGAUGGUGUAGGGUAUGGUCCCAAUUUCAGCUACAGCGAGUCUAUGUCAACCUCAGGGCUUUUUGCUGCCACUAUCGCUACAAUUGGUGUAGGUAUUGGCGGUGCAGCUCUUGCAGUAGGCCCGAUCCGUCGUUUCGUCCAGAAGCGAUUCCUUCCUGCCCCAGGAACUGGUCCAUCAGAUGAAGACAUUGCUAAAGGGCACUUCACCAUCAAGGUUAUAGGUGAAAGCGAUGUCCCAGCCGAUGUUUCAGGUACCUCUGCCGAAUCGCAUGCUCCUGUCAAAGUCAUGGCUGUUGUUCAGGGCGGCGAGCCCGGCUAUAGUGAAACAUGCAAAUAUCUGGCAGAGAGUGCACUAUGUCUUGUUCAGGAUGAGGAGCGGAUUAGAUCCGAGAACAGAGUUCAGGGAGGAGUAUUGACGCCUGCCUACGCAUUUGGACAAGUUUUGGUGGACCGUCUCCGUUCCCACGAUGCCAAACUGACAGUUUCACGUCUUUGAAAAUGAAUGUGUAUCUCAAUAAAUGC